AACUGCACGGCGCGCGACACGGACACCCUGGCGCUGUCUGCUGCUGCAGCAUCCGCGGCGAGCGGCAACGGCUCGGCGGCGGAUGCGUACCGACUCGUGGAGCCCCAGCUCCCCGCAGCGGCCGCCCCAACGAUGGCGAUGGUGCCCAAGUCCCCGCACCCUUACCCCACGGUGGACGUGCCCGACCACGCCCACUACACCAUCGGCUCCGUCAUUCUCGCCAUCGGCAUCACCGGCAUGAUCGGCAACUUCCUGGUCAUCUACGCCUUCAGCAGGAGUCGCAGCCUGCGGACGCCGGCCAACAUGUUCAUCAUUAACUUGGCGAUCACAGACCUCCUGAUGUGCGUCACCCAGGCACCCAUCUUCUUCACCACCAGCAUGCACAAGAGGUGGAUCUUUGGAGAGAAAGGCUGUGAGCUGUACGCGUUCUGCGGCGCUCUCUUUGGGAUCUGUUCCAUGAUCACGCUGACGGUGAUCGCUGUCGACCGCUACUUCGUCAUCACGCGGCCUCUGACCUCCAUCGGCGUGUUGUCGCGGAAACGGGCCUUCUUCAUCCUCAUGGGGGCCUGGACCUACUCCCUGGGCUGGAGCCUGCCGCCGUUCUUCGGCUGGAGUGCCUACGUCCCCGAGGGCCUGCUGACUUCCUGCUCGUGGGACUACAUGACCUUUACCCCGUCGGUGCGGGCGUAUACCAUGCUGCUUUUCAUCUUCGUCUUCUUCCUGCCGCUCUUCAUCAUCAUCUACUGCUACUUCUUCAUCUUCCGCGCCAUCCGCAUCACCAACCAGGCUGUGGGGAAGAUUAACGGCAGCAUUCACAGUCACGGCAGCUGUCGAGACUCGGUGAAGAACUUCCACCGGCUGCAGAACGAGUGGAAGAUGGCGAAGAUCGCUCUGAUCGUCAUCCUGCUCUACGUCUUCUCCUGGUCGCCGUACUCCGUCGUCGCUCUCACCGCCUUCGCCGGGUACGCAGACAUGUUGACUCCCUACAUGAACUCUGUGCCCGCCGUCAUCGCCAAGGCCUCGGCCAUACACAACCCCAUCAUCUACGCCAUCACACACCCAAAAUACAGGAUAGCGUUGGCCAAGUACAUUCCGUUCCUCGGCAUUCUGCUCUGCGUUCCUGCUCGCGACCUCCGCUCGGCCAGCAGCAGCUUCAGGUCGACGCGGCGCUCCACCGUGACCAGCCAGACCUCCGACAACGGCAGCCAGAUGAGGCAUCAGAGCAACCGCAAGUCCCGCCUCUCCUCCGCCUCCGACAGCGAAUCGUGUCUGACGGACACCGAGGCUGACCUGUCCAGCAUGGGCUCCAGACCAGCCAGCCGCCAGGUGUCCUGUGACAUCAGCAGAGACACCGCCGAGCUCCCGGACUUCAAACCCUCCUCCAGCUUCAAAUCCAAGAUGAAGAGCCACGACUCGGGCAUCUUCGAAAAAACGUCCUAUGACACUGAUAUCUCCAUGGCAGUAGUCGGCGACCGCGGCAGCGUCCCGAAUACCGAUUAUGCUGAGGGACACGUUAGGAGAGGCACGAUUGGUCGAAUCCCGAGCAUCGUCAUCACCUCGGAGUCCAGCCCCUUGGUUCCCACGGGGCGGAAUGGUUCCAGCACUACCCGUCCAAAGACAGCCAAUAACGGCAACUCGGGGGCGGGGUCUGGGUAG